AUGCUCUUUUCAGCUACUUUCACCAAAGCCGCUCAUGGCCUUGCCACGACCCAACUCGCCGACCACCAUGUGCGACUCCGCGUUGGUUGUGCUAGAAGCACCCAUAGCAACAUCAAGCAAGACACCAUCUGGGCCGAACCCUACCUGAAGAAACAAGCUUGUCUUGAUCUACUCAACACGGUGCCUCCCGGCCGCACCAUCAUUUCCAUCAACAACAACAAGCAAGACGCCAUCUGGGCCGAACCCUACCUGAAGAAGCAAGCUUGUCUUGAUCUACUCAACACGGUACCUCCCGGCCGCACCAUCAUUUUUGUCAACAACAAGCACGCUGCGGAUGAGCUCGACGACUUCUUGUUCAACAAGAGAGUUCCAGGGACAUACUCGGUCUUCACAAUUAACCGACGCAGGAACAGUUCUUACAGGUUUUCUCGGAAUGGUCUCGAUCAAUUCUUGCAGGUUCUCCUCUGGGCGGUCCUUGACCAUUCCUUGACCACAAAGUUUGGUGAGGUGAAGGUGGCCGAGGCCAAGCUGGUCCGCGAGAAAGACUGCGCCGAAGCGAAUCGGUUGAGGUCUCGCUCUCCGUUUGAAAGAUUGGAAAGACCACUGUGGCCGAAACAAAUAGUACGACCGAUUCGCUCCUCUUUUGCGCCUCUUCCUGGUGAGGUGGCUUUCGCCGAAGUCGCGGUGGUUGCAAGUCAGGCCGAGAUCAUGAAUGAUGCCAUAGACUGA